AUGGAGCAGAAGUAUUUCUUGAGAAGAAAGCAAGUUGAACCUUGCCGUUCAGGAUGGAAGAAAUUUAUGAAGAGCUGUUACUUCAACCCCACUUAUACUGCAGGCUGGGCUACAGCUAGGAGAAAAUGCCAAAAAUUGUCAUCAGAUUUAGUGGUGAUUACAAGUGCUGAAGAACAGAAGUUCCUGACAAGUAACUACAGAAGCAAUAACUGGAUUGGACUGACUGAUGAAGCAAAAGAAGAUGUUUGGCUUUGGAUAGAUGGAACGCUUCAUAGAAAUUCAUCUGGAUUUUGGUGUAAGGAUGAACCUAAUAAUACAAGCAAUAACAAUUCUAAUGGUGAAAACUGUGCAGCCAUAUGGGCCUUGCCUCCUUGUCAGUCAGAAUGGAAAGAUGAAAACUGCUUUCGCUCCUUAAAUUUUAUUUGUGAGAAACAAACCAGCUGCAGCUGUUUAUAAAUCCACUUCAUUUCUUGGUGAUUUUCUUAAGUAGGAGAUAAUAAAGCAAAACAAGCUGGUAGUCAUUAACAAGGAGUUGUUUUUACAUGUCAGCUUAAUAAGAUGAAUAAAGUAUCUUUUUCCUAAUGGUUUGUUAGUAGUUCAGCAUAAAGUAUUACUUUUGUUUUUUUCAUUUCAUAGUUCGCAUAUUUCACAUAUGGUUAAUUUGUGGGCAUCAAAGUAACAUUUAACAAAAAUAAUUUUUUUGAAAACA